CACGUGAUCAGCAGAAAUGAAUAGUGAAGCGCAGUUAGAAUAUGGCCUGCAAUUAUGGAAUAAAUUGAACAAAGAGACACAAUUUUUCCAAAGUGGAUCAUUUUUGGGUUUGUUGGCCAUAAAUCUCGGUCAGCCAAAAACUGCGUUAGAGAUUUUAGAAUCCACAAAACAAUCACAUGUUACACCAGUGUUUAUUCGACUCAUUGCACUAGCCGAUUGUGGCUAUUUUGCAGAGGCAACAAAACUCAUUGAAGAACGGAAAAAGAAUUUUCCAAAAUCCAAAAUAUACGCUAGCGUGGUUGAAAAGAUUGGAGAAAUUUUAAAGAAGUACCCAACGACGGAAGAAAAAAGGAAUUUUUCAAAAUUAUUGGAUACCAUUCCACUUCAUGAACAGAAAUAUAGUAUCGAUAAAAUUAUAUGUUUUCCUAUUGAUCCAACCAGAGGGUUAACACCACAAUAUUGCUCUCCAAACUAUAUAGGUCCUAGAUAUAAAAAAAAUCGUUGAACCACAAUAGAUUAAGAGACCAUUAGAAAAUAAAAUAAUAAAAAAAACAUUCAUAUUUCAUUUAUUAUUAUGUAAAAUUAAAGAAAA